AGAUAAUAUAAUAAUUAUAUAUUAUUUUAAUAAAAUACAAAUAUAUAUUUUAAUAAAAGCUUAUUAAUGUGAUAUUUUUUCUAGAGGGUCAGUUUGUUGAUCAUUUUGAUCGUUUCUUUUUAAAGUAUGACUUUCCCUUACUGUAAUAAUCAUCAUUUUAGUUAAAGUUCUAAUUUCUGUGAAUGCAUUAGCAAACGUCUACGUUUGUAAUCCUAUUAAAAAGUAACAUUUUAUUAAAAUGAAAGGUUUUUUAAACAAAUUGGCAAAAAAGAUUUGUUUCUACCACUUUGCAUGCAUUUAUAUAAACAUAUUCCUUGUAAGAACUGUAAUUACAAUAACCAUUUUUUAUUAUUAUUUUUUUUUAUUUUUGGGCCUUUACAUAUUUCUUUUGUGUGGAUAUUUUAUUGUUGCAAUUGUUUCUCAAUUUAAAAUAUGUUGAUUGUGAAUGAAUGCGCCUAAAAGUUUUUUUUUGUCUGCAUUUAUUAACUUUGUCUUAUUUUUUAAAUUUUUUUUCCCCUAAAAUUAUUUGUCAAUAAAUUAUUUGAUUUUCUGUGAAACAAAAACCUGCGGCUAUGAUGUAGUGAAAAUUAUAAAAGCUGUCCAAAAGCAGUUCCUGAAGAAACUUUCUGUGUUUAAUGAGACUUUUAAAGACAUUUGUUUCUGAAUAUUUUUGCCCAACAGUUCGUCUAACAAUAACUGGUCAUCCGCAGAACUAUUUCAUUGAGAAUAAUCGUUUUUAGAUUUUAAAAUCAAAGAAAAUUCUAUAAAACAAUGUCUAAAUGUCAGACAGUGUCAACAAUCCUUUGUCUGACAUAAAAAAUACUAUGCAAGGUAAGAGCUUUAAGCUAUAAAUUAUAUACAAGAUAUGUUAAAAUGUCUUUUAUUGUGUAAUUUUACUUGUCAGAUGUUUUUUCUGCUUCAUUUGAGGCACCACGGAAAAUGUUUUUUGUUUGUAUGUUUGUUUUAAAGCACAUGUUAUUAUAUACCUUUUUUCAGAAUGAUUUGCUUCACGUGUUAAAUUAUUUGGAGUUGUGAUAAAGCUCCAGGAAAUGACAAUAAAAACAAGUAACAAAAAUAAACAAAAUCUAAAAAUGGGGUCAAAUUGAACUCAUUUGUUUUAAUACUCGCUUGUCCUCCUUCCUUCAUGUUAUUAAUAGAUCACAGGAUAUAGAUAUACAGUUGGUUCUGCACAAUGAUGGGUUGACCCGGUGUGAUGACAGGUAUCUCUGAUCUUCCCUCAGUCAAAUUUAGCCUCCAGCUCCUUCUACUACAACCCUACGACUAUAAAAUAAUUUAAAUUUUUAAAUCACAAAAAGAGCUAAACAUCCCUUAAUCUUCAUCAGAUUAAUUGAAGAACACCAGUUUAAUCAGGAGGUUUGGAGGAGGAAUUUGAGUGUCAGCUAUGCUACCAAAUAGACACUAACUAGGCAGGAUUUAUGUUCGUUAAAUCUAAUAAAGAGCAUUUGGGCAUUUGUUGGUGGUUAGAGUUGCAUUCGUCUUGUCAAGGUUACCAAGCCAGAGCAGAGGUUUUAAAUUUAGCCUUGCAAAUGGUGCACUAUGGAUUAUGUCUUGGGGCUCUCCAGUUUCGUCUUCAGUGCGUUUUGUUGCAUGGAGGGGGGGUUGUGGACCUCCAAGAGGGUGUGUGUGUCAGGUGAGGAGCUGGUUCUCACUCCGCUACACGAACCCAGACCGACUUUCCUCUUUCCUUUGACUUUAACUUUGCUGUUUUAUGAGUUUUUCCUUCCGUCUGGGAGAGAAGGUGAUCCUUUUUCUUAUUUAAACCGGAGCGAUACCAAGAGGGGCCAAAAAGAAACAGCACAUGACAUCCGAGCUGGACUGACAGAGAGCAGGGAGCUACUGCACAUACCAGCCAAAGGCAAGCAGCGGAGCUGCUCUAUCAAAGACUGUUUCGCCAGGUCUGCUGAGGUUUGGGAUCAAACAGUAUCAUGGAUGUACUAGCCUUGGAGGCAAAGAAUGCAAAUGUAGCCGAAGCCGAGAAGAAGUCAACUCCAAAGCCAAAAGCAAAACAGCCCAAAAAGGCCAAGAGGAUUGUUUACUUUGAGGUGGAAAUUUUGGACCUGAAGACUAAAGAAAAACUGCUGCUGCUGGAUAAGGUGGAGCCAACUGCGACUGUGUUGGACAUUAAAGCUUUGUUUCACAAAUCAUAUCCAAAGUGGUAUCCCGCAAGGCAGUCUCUACGUUUGGAUCCAAAGACCAAGAGUCUCAGGGAUGAGGAAGUCCUCCAAACACUUCCGGUGGGAACCACUGCCAGCUUUUAUUUCAGUGACCUCGGACCCCAGCUCACAUGGGGAACGGUUUUCCUCGCCGAAUGUGUUGGUCCACUCAUCCUCUACUUAAUGUUCUACUUCCGCCUUCCCUUCAUAUACUCUCCAAAAUACGACUUCACCAGCAGCAAGCACUGGGUGGUGCACUUGGCCUGCAUGUGUCACUCCUUCCACUACAUCAAAAGGAUUCUGGAGACUCUGUUCGUCCAUCGUAUAUCUCACGGGACCAUGCCCCUCAGAAACAUUUUUAAGAACUGUGGCUAUUACUGGUGCUCCGCAGCUUGGAUGGCGUAUUACAUCAACCAUCCGCUUUACACCACUCCCUCAUACGGACAGCAGCAGGUGAACGCAGGUCUUUACAUUUUCUUGUUUUGUCAAGUGGGGAAUUUUUCUAUCCAUGUUGUGCUCCGUAACCUGAAGCAACCAGGUUCAAAGGUCAAGAAGAUUCCUUAUCCAACAAAAAACCCCUUCACCUGGAUUUUUUGGCUGGUUUCAUGUCCCAAUUACACGUAUGAACUGGGCUCCUGGAUUGGCUUCACAGUGAUGACCCAGUGUGUGCCUGUGGCGUUUUUCACCCUCGUGGCCUUCAUCCAGAUGACUGUAUGGGCUAAAGGGAAGCACCGCAGCUACUUGAAGGAGUUUAGAGAUUAUCCCACACUCCGCUCCUCCAUACUGCCCUUCCUCCUGUAAGGAAAAAAAAAUUGGGACGAUCCUACACCCUGGAACGCGGCACGCUCUGAGGUCGAUAAUGGGCUUUUCCAUGUGUUGGAAUGACUGUAGGACGAUCAAACGAGGACGGUGAAAUAAACAAAGUCUUACUUAUUGCUAUCUAGACGAAAAAAAUAAGAAUGUGAAAUGUUUAUAUUUUGCUACUUUCUUUCUUGAGUUGACAGAUGUUCAGAGCCGAGUUGCUUGUUUGAUCAUUUUCAUAGCUUUGGCAGGCGGCACUGAGAUUACCAGCAGACCCAAACUGGGUUCUGACCAGGAGCAGACGAUGCUCCAGGUCACACAAUCCAUGCAAUCGUUUCCCCAGGUGACCCUUUAACGGAGAAAAUUAUGUUUUGUGAGUCUGAACCUGUGGAUUAAGCCUGAAAAAUGUUAAUUGAAAAUCCUUCUGUGAGGAAAACAUUUUACCAUCAGAUAAAACUGGAGCUACAAAAGAAAAACGUUUUUGCAGAUAAUUCAGGAUCAAUAAAUGAUAAAACAAGUAAACAG